UUGAGAACAGGGUUAUCCCAUGACUGUGUUGUCCUUUACAGUGCGGAAUGCUAAAUGUAACAAUGAACGUGCAAUAAUACGCUGCAGUGUGAGGAAGGUGAAGUAGACGAUUUCCAAUUCAAAAAGAAGUUAAUGUUACUCCCCCGGAAGGGAACGAGGAAGGCGUUGUAACUCCACGACAAAGGCUGGAAUUACGCAAACUACGAACCGUCGAGAAUCGGCAUUCGUGCACCCAGGAUGUCUGUUUCUUGUAGUAAGCAAAACUAAACAUUUCCCCUACUUCAUAGUCGGAAAUUUUUGACAACAUUUUAGAUAACCUAAAAUAAGUGCGGUGUGGGCUGUUAACUGUGUGAACUGGAUUCCAAUGGAAGAGAGACGCCUUCCGAUCAUCGCCCUGCUGCUUGUACUUGCAGGCUCAGGUUCCCAGGUGUGUUCCAGGUCCGUGGGAUGACUGUGUACACACCUGAGGAGGUAGAGGCGGUAAAUGGGACGAAUGUGAAGCUUAAGUGUACCUUCCAGUCUACAGUGGCCAUCUUGCCGUCCGUGGCGUCUGUGACCUGGAACUUCCAGCCCCUGGGUGGUGGGAUUGAAGAGUCAGUGUUCUACUUCCAAGAGAAGGCAUAUCCUGUAUUGGAAGGUCGCUUCAAGGAACAGGUGGAGUGGGCAGGUGACAUUGCCAGGGGUGAUGCCUCUAUUCUGCUGCACAAUGUGAAGUUCACCUUCAAUGGAACCUUCAGCUGCCAUGUGAAGAACCCUCCUGAUGUGCAUGGCAUGGCGGGAGAGCUGCAGCUAAAGGUGGUGCGCACAGCCUCCUUCUCGGAGAUCGCUAUUUUGGCUACAGCUGUCGGGGGUGCCAUUGGGCUGAUCCUCCUCAUCCUCGCCAUCAUUGUGUCGUACAAGUUCUGCCGGCGGAGGAGCAUGGAGAGGGAACUGGGGAUGCCUCAAUGUGACAGGAAGGACUUAGCUGUGUGUGACCCAGUGGAAACCUUGCCGCUGAACUCAAGAGAGGAGGUGGAGAACAACAGCACUGAUGAGGUCAGUGCUAGAGAAAUCAGCUCCAGGGAGGACGAGAAGAAAAGCCUGGAAGUGAUGGCAGAAGUUACAACUGACACAGUGACCAUAAACUCUGGCACCAUCUCAGUAAAGGAUGACACAUACAACAUCCCCAUGAAACCUGAUGCUGAUUCCAUCCUGGCAAUGAAUGAUAUGGAUGUGGACCCAAAAGAAGGGAUAAACCAUCCAUCUGGCAUGAACAAGGAAACCACAGAGAAAGCAAAGCCAGAGGAUAGUCCAACAGGAAAAUGAGAUCUACUCUAGAUACUUAAUCAUCCAGCAGAUCUGCAGUUUUUGCAAGCAGAACUGGGAAUUGAAUGUUUUCCUGCCUAGGCUCACUGGAAGCUAUUGGUCAUACUUUCAGCUUGUCCCAUUGAAGGACAGAGGCUCCUUGGAGUACUGCUCACAAAGCACCAAAUUUACAUUUCCAUGGUGUGCUAUUCAAGUCUGUGCCAUUUUUGAGGCUAAGUAUAAUUCACUGGGAGAAUUACUACAUUUUGUUAUCAUUUUUAUAAAGUAUUUUAGUUACUUUUUUAUCAUACUGGACUAAAGGUUCAAAAGAAUUUUUACUGCAUUUUCAGGUCUGGUUAUGAUUUUUUAACAUAGAUCAUUAAUAUUACUGCCAGAAUCUUAAAAUGACCCUGUGGAAAUGAUUCUGUACAGCUGUCAUUCCCUAAUAAAAUGUUCCUGAAGGGCUUAUUAAAAUCUUGUCUCACCACAUAUAGGGUUUAUUAAAAUUUGAUGCCUUUAUCUACAGCACUUAUUAGAAUUCUAUACCACUGCCUACAGGGUUUAUUGAAAUUAUAAAAAACCACCUAUGGGGCUUAACAAAAACCUGUUCCACCAAAACCGAAUGGUUUUUUUUCUGGCGCUAAAAUUGAGGGGUGCCUUCAUGAUCUGGGAUUGCAUUUUAAAUGUUCUCUGCUUUGGAAAUCGACUCAUUCUGCAUGACCGUCACACUGCCAACUCAAAUCAACCUUUGGCUUCCUCCUAAAAUGGGGACUGACUUUCUGCUGUGGUUGUCUUCUUAGUUAAUGAUGAAGAUGUGAUAUUUCUUUCCUGAGGUUAAAAUGUUUCAUUGAUACCAAUGAUCUCAUUUAGACUUUAAUUCGCCAGUUGUAAGUGGCAAGCUCUGUGGGUGUAGCUAUGACAACACCAGGGAGGAGGUUUAACAUGGCAUGUUCAGGUUUAAAUCUGUCUUGUGAUUGGUACAAGACCCAGUCAUUAUAUAUGUACAUAGGAAUGACUAGAACAGACACAGGUAGGCAUUCUUUCGCACUGGUCUCACUGGCAGGGCUUGACAUUAACACCUGCCACCCGCCAAAUGCAGGUAGAAUUUGGUAGUGGCUUGUAACUCUGUCACUCUUAUCAGCCACUUUGGCUGGUGACCUUUUGGUAGCAUUUUCUAUGUAAAAAAUUUAUGUCCACAAUUUAAGAGUGGCUUUAGUUUAUUUGGCACUACAGAAAAACCAAAGAAGAAAGAAGGCUUGUCGCAGUGUUCGGUUUAACCCUGUAGCAUACGAUGCACGAUCCUACACAGGUGUAGUAAUUUUUUCACUGCCAAUGAUAUUUUGCAAUUGCAAUUUAAAACUAAUGUAAGAGUAAAUAAAUAAAUGAAAGUGCCUCUGCAGAGCUUCAACAUUGACAUUAUUAAAUGAAUGUAAGCACAUUCUAUUCUGACAAUGCUCAGUACCAUCUGAUAUAGCCAGGUCUCCUCAAUUAGGCUAUGGGUGAGAAAUAAAAUAAAUUUUAUUUGCAUCACUAAAUUGUGCAAAUUUCAUCACCAUUAUAUAAAAUUGUGAAUACAUGUACUUUUUGCUGUUGUAACUGAUACAUGGAGCAUAUUCAUGGCAAGGUUAUCGGCUGGUGAAAACACUGAGUGACUAAUGACUUUAGAAAACUACUAGCCACAGUGGCUGGCAAGGCAAAAAGUUCAUGUCAAGCCCUGCUCAUUGGGCACAGUUAGUGACAUGCUUUGCUUCCAGCUUUAACAAUGGCUUGUUUUGUGAAUCAGAUAAUGUACAAUUUCUGAAAACAUUUAUUGCAGUUCCAUAAACGUUUUCAUUGUAUACUUCUGAAAGUGUACUUUUAAAGGCUGUACAUCUAAGUGUAUGCUGUUUCACCCCAUGCCAUGUUCCUGUUGCAAUGUAAGCUAGAGGAGAUAGAAUGCAGCUGUGGUAUAUAUCAAGUGAUUUAGGGGUUUAGAGGACCUCUAGGCCUGCAUGGUCAGCCUUGGUAUGGUCUCCCUGAUCCUAACUGAUGAUUGGCUAAAUGGAAUCUUUGCAUAUGGUGAUUAAAUGAAUCUCAUAGGCUGUCCUUUGUCUCUGUAAACUAUAUAAACUCAUAUAUUGGACUUUCUAUUUUUGAAGACUGUACUUGUACCCCGAUCGGUCGUAUUAUUCAAUUAUAUAAAGGAGCUCCUGACUC